GGUUACGUCCAUAGCCGUAGGUUGGUUUAGCGCAAACGUCAAUUCGGUGCGGGAUUCGUUGUGUUCGGUGUGUCGUCUGGGUGUUGUUUGGAUUUUACCGAGUACAAAAUCAUUUAUCAGACUAUUGUGGAUAAAUAUAUGAAAGAAGAUGACUGAUCUUCUGAUACAAACAGCAUCAAGUAGUCCUCCACCCAGAAGUGAUUCCUUCAGGUAUGGACUGAGAGAAGGAUGCCGGAGCCCUGUUAUAGCACGAUAUUCAAGUUACGAGGAUCGCCCAUCUGGACUCGGCCUCUCUGAUUUGAAACAUAGCAAAAGUGAUGACCUUGUUCUACAAUGCGCCCCAGCAACCACUGGGGAAAUGCAUCACGGGAUAAGUGAUGCAGCUCUUCAGAUUCAGAAAGAAGCAUGUGUUGUGUACGAUGAUGAUUUGGCAGUGUCUCCGAGUGUUUUGCCAAAAAGUUUGCCAGUUUAUUACAGUGACAGUGAAACUAGUAAUGCUGCAAAGUGCUCUUCCAUGGAUAAACCCGUCCUGAAAAUCACAGGGGACUUUGGUGGUGAAGGUUCUUCAAGGAGAUCGAGUCGUCAUAUUGGCCUCUACGAUAGGCUGGACCCAGAAGACAGCAUUAGGGACAUCAUCUCAGAAAAUGAUUUUUAUAGAUUUGUGCUGUUCAAGAGACACUACGAGAAGUAUUUGGAUAUAUCCCAGAAGUACGAGGAAGCGAGGAACAUUGCUUACUACUUGGAAGAAAAAUACCACGAAAUUAAGGCGGAGAGGGAUCGUCUGGCCAGAAGGCAGCAAGAGCUGGAGCGUCGCUUGGAGACCAAGGACAACGAGCUUCACGACAAGGAAGAGGAGCUGUUCUUGCAGCUGGAGAAGGCCAUCAGGCUGGAGGAGGAUUGUGAAAAGAUACGGACAGAAAAGGACAGAAUGUAUGAGUGGAAGGACAGAUUGGAGCGGGAGAAAAAUGAAGCUUACCGUCAGUUGAAGAUGCAGGCAGAGGAGUCGGAGCACACGAGGCGCAGGUUGGAGCGAGCUCGCAACGAUGUUGUACGACAAGUGACGGCCAUAGUGGCCGAGAAAGACUCUCUGGAACGAGAGAAUCUAAGACUAAAGGAAGCGCUGGAAGACAUUGAAAGGAAGAGUCACAGAAGCGGCAGAAGUACACACAGUGUCCAUGGCUUGGAGAAAGAGGUAUAUGACCUGAAGCAGGUAGCCAAGCAAAGUGCCACACUCAAUAGUCAGCUGAAGAAGGGCAUGAAGCACCUAGCCACCUGCAGACGACGCAAGUGUUCUGUGUGCGCUUACACUCGUGCCACCUUCGGCGAGUACGCCAACAACGAGAGCGGGGGUAAGAAGCUGUUCUCUUGUUUUGUGGACACUCGCAAGCGGUCACGGUCAGCGCAGGGCAGACACAGCUCUACAUGGUCGGACACGGAUGGUCUAGCAGACAGACUCUCAGAGAUAUCUGUGGCUCCCCCCUCCCCCUCAGAGUACUGUCCCUCCCCCUUACCUCUCAAACACAUCUCCUACAUAGACGAGGGCUCGGACAGCAGCAGCGAGGACGAGAGAGAGGAGGACAGAGGCUAUGUCCAGACGGACGCCAGCACCACGUCGUCUGCUCCUCAUGCCUUCUCCUCGGACAGUGGGUUCAGCUCAGACACACCGGCCUCUCAGCGACCGUCACUACAUCGUGCCACCAGGUGGACGUCGUCCUUCCGCCGCCUAAUCCGUCGAGUGUCCAAACGCCAGCUGAACAAUACAACCUAGGUGAAUCUUGCCGAUCACUCUGUAUGUACGGGAUGCAAAUGGUGAAUGUAAACACUACUUGUCAUGUAACAGCUGAUCACAAAACUGUCAUUGGUUGUUACAUACGAAUAUGGUUGUGUUGUGUAAUGAAUGAUUUUUACUGCUGACCUCAUAAAGACCUUCUAAUUUGAAUUCAUAUAUUUUUCUGUAAACAAUAAUUGCAACUUUGGUUAAAAACUCUGAUCUGCCAUAUCCAAGUACAGAUUAAUAUAUCUUUCCUUAACAGUUAAAUUUUGAUGUUUUAGUGAUCGAUAUGCAUUCAAAU